AUUUUCUCCUCCCAGCGGACUAAACACCGUAGGGCUGCAUUUCUGCUGUCACCUUUGACACAAACCAAAACAAAACAUCUCCAUCUAAAUUCAAACGAUUUGUCUCUGUCCUGCGGAUUUUCACGUUUAGGGAAUUACUCCCUGUGAGGAUCAGACCAACAUGAACGAGGAGAACCAGCAGCAACUCGCCGACGAGGACGAAGAAAGUCUGCUCGCUCGUCACCGCAGAGAGAAGAAAGAGCUCCAAGCCAAGGUGCAGUCCCUCAAGAAAGCCAAAGUAGACAAAAAGAAAAAGAAAGACCUCCAGGAGGAGAUUGGCCGACUAGAAGACGAUCUCGAAAGUCGACAUGCUGAGGAACUCAACAGAUUAAAUACGUUAAAAAUCAGUGAAUCUUCCGACGCCGAUCAACAUCCGAACGAACCAGAACAACAGCAACCGGCAGUCGAAGAAAAGCAACCAAAACUUUCGAAAGCCCAGCGACGGCGGGAGAAAAAAUCCCAGGAAGAUAAGGAACGCGAAGCGCAGAUCAAAGCCGAAGAAGCGCUCCACAAGGAUUCGCCCCGCAUUCGAGAGGACAAAAAGAUAGCGGAAAUACUAGCCAAACGAGGGCUGAUUAGCUUCCCGGUUCCAGCGGACGGUGACUGUCUGUACAAUGCCAUCAAACACCAGUUGUCGCGGAUAGGCGUGCAUGACCACGAGACAGCCGACCUGCGCCAGCUGGCUGCCGACUAUAUCGAGGAUAACCGUGAUCAGCUGAUCUUCUACAUGACCAACCCCCAGUCGGAGGACGUUAUGAGCGAGGAAGAGUUCCGGAAAUACUGCUUCCAGGUACGCAAUACCAAAUCUUGGGGAGGUGAAAUCGAGAUUAAAGCACUGUCCAGCAGUUUGCGCUGCCCAAUCGAAAUUGUCCAGGCAAGUGGGCCGUCACCAGUGCACGGAGAAAAUGGUGAUCCGGCGCGCAAGCUGGUACUAACGUAUCAUCGGCACAUGUAUCGCCUCGGGGAGCACUACAAUUCGACCGUUCCGCUGUUGGCAGAGAAGGACGAUGAUGGUGGCGAGGAUGAACAGCAGGAUGAUGGCUGAUGAUUGUGAAAUUUGUCAUGAUGCAAAGUAAUAAAAUAAUAAUUAUA